UGGUUUCAUUUGGUGGGAGAGCUUUUCCUUCGCUUUGCCCUGUCUCGAUUGAAAGCCAGAAGGCGCUAAAAACAGAGACGGGGCUGUAAACUAUUAUAAAGAAUCAAACAACAUUGAACUGAAAUCAAUUGUUUGAAGAAGAAGCAUUGGUAAGGAAGAUCCAUUUUCCCCAAAUUAUUUUUGUCCUUGGAGGGCAUGGAACAAGAUCCGCCAAUCUACAAAAUCUUGUGUUCGAAUCCUGUGGAGACCAGAUUUCAGUCUCAGAUCUGCUGAUGGAUAAGUACAUGCACCGGUCCUCGCCUCGGCCGCAAAAGGAUUGGGCAGAUUGCAGAAGACGAAAGCCCUUUGUCGAAGACGACAGGCGAACCAGCAUAAUGUCCAAGAAGAUGAGGCUACUCAACGACACACAGUAUUUUACAAAUAACGAUUCCAGCUCAAACUACACCUCUUACCAGGGCCAGGGAUCUGCCAGGACAAGCCAAUCGCCACAGGCGGGGUUCGAUCCCCUCGCAAUUGUCUCCAACCGACAUAAAAUCCCCACACCCUGUUUGCCGCCCUCGGGAGCCAAAGCGGUUAACCGGCGGCUGGCUUGUUUUCUAGCGAGGGAAUACCUCCACCGCGGGACGCUGCUGGGGAAACCAUGGCCGCCACAGGAUUCGAACUCGACACCUCGGGGAAACACCACCGCUCAGCCAAAGAAGAACCUCCGAGGAGACGAAGCUACCAGAGAACAGGAAGUGCUCUACUCUACUCUCACCACGGAUUUCCUCCGCUCAGAUGACAUCCACAUUCCCGGCAUUUUUAAUCCUUCACAGAUGGCCGCUUGGUUUGGAUUCAAAUGACUAGUCUGCUCAAAUCCUAGAAUGAAAAAGCUAAAAGAAGGUUAUGCUAUUAUGCGGCGUAAGCCCCCUUGAUGAUUUCUAGUGUCUUCAUGUCGAGAAGGUGAAAAUUCCUUUUUUAAGUUUUUUCAGGUUAUCUGCUGCGACAGAGAGUUUUCUGUGCAUAAGGAGGGUUUGGAUGCUCAGGCAAUUGACAGAUUCAGAACGUUUAAAUAUGUUUAUGGACGUGGCAUUUUAUGGCUGGACUUAAUGCCUGCAAACUGUUUCCAGUCCAAGGACUGCAAUGAUAUAAUUAAAAAGUUUCGUUCUUCAUUUUUGUUGUAUGAAAGGGAUCCGUAACUUAAUUUUUUAUUUACAGCAGAAAACAGGUUCGAAUCUGGAUUGCUACUCUUAAAAGUAUAGCA